GGUAUGACCUGGAUAUCAUAUGUAUGUAUGUAUACAUCUCGUUUAGUCACCGCACUUUGGAAUGACCUGGAUAUCAGUCAUCAUCAAAUCAAAGACCUCCUCCUAUACUCACCUGGUUUAAUUUUUGGUUGCCUCUUCAGGAUUUUACUGACGAACAAUGUUUCAAUUAAGUUAGUACAUCGAUUGGAGUAUGUAUACAUCUCGUGAUAACUGACAGGAGACACCAUUGGAUACUAUUAAUAACCAUCAUAAAGUGACGGUAUCACCAUUAGUGACUUGGGACAGUUGUACAUCACCAUUUAGUGACCUGGCACAUCACCUGUGACUCAUUCUGGUACCACAGACAUGUAAGUGCCUACUGGCACGCCGAUCAUCACAGUAAGUGGUUAGUCCCUCACCAUCAUUCGUGACUUUUACCUCACCAUUGCAUGAGUGACUUGGAAUCUUCAUUACUCUAGCGACGUGGAGCCUUUUUCACAAUGCCAAAGUCUGAGGAAUGGUCCAAGAGGGCUUGGAAGUGGCAGAAAGAAAUACUGCAAAAACUAAAAUGGUCAAACGAGCGGGGUGUUUUUUACACUCUAGAGGAAUUGAUGGAAUUUGGCAUAGAAUGGCCGAAAAUGAUCAUGCCAGAAGAAGGGUUGUUGGGAGACGGAGAAAGUGUUUCAUUCUGUGCUGGCGAGGCGUUAGUUGGGCUUGGUGUGCGGAGUUUCAAGCGUUUUGCAGCAUGUCCAUGGGAGGAAUGUUACGACACUUCGAUUGAGGAAAUAACCAAGAAAGCCACGCCAAGGUACAUAAUUCCACUGUCAACGAUGGGAGAAUUGCGACAUGCGAGUCGCGUCAAGAUUUUGCGCAUUCAAAGUGAGGAACAUGUCUACCCCACAAUGGAAGAUCUGUGGAAGUUCCACCCAAGAUAUGCAAUGCCUAAGAAGACGUUCACCGUGGGGAAUGUAGUAGUGAAGAGACUACAAACUAUUGAAUUGAAGAGUCAUGAAAAUGGCUGCAUAACCUGCUCUUUGACAGCGAUUGAUAAAACAGUUCAAAUCCCAAUGAAGCAAAGAGGGGACUUCACCAUCGUUGAAGAUGGGACGUCUUACACAUUACAACAGGUUAAUGAUAAUUUCAACCUUCCGCAGCGUGUGCGUUUUGAGAGCAAUCCAGCUGGGAUGAAUAGCACAGAUGUCCUGCUGAUUUCUGAAACACGAUAUGAUGUCCUUAUUGCAUGUGUUACCGCCGGUCUCUACGUCGAGGAUGAAGAAGCGGAGCGAAGAGAAACCUUGCGGACCAGGGACGAAGAUUUCACUGAUAUCAGCUUUAUCUUCUUGCCAAGACCGAUCAGUGAGGAAAGCCCUCUCGCUGACACGAAAUUCUUCACAUGGCUGUAUGACCCAGACGACCCAACAUGUCAAGUUAUCAUGUCGCGGGCCAGUAUUUUUGAAUUGGACCGGUUUAAGGAUAUGAAUGUGGUGAUAAACGCUAAUUCUUCGUCCAUGUCAGCGGUGAAGGAGUACAGUGCCGAGAACAUUUAUGACUACAUCAAGGUGCAUGACUUUAUUGAAGACUACUCGGGAUCGUCUCCUCCCGGCAAAUCACCAGCAGCAUCUCUUGGCUCACCCUCAGCAACAGCGCCUACAACAUAUUUUCUACAUUCAGGUGGUGCAACAAAGGCAGGCACAAACCCCUACACUGAGGAGCCAACCAGCAGGCCAAAACCAGAAUCUUUUUCAGAAAUUUUAAAACAUGGGCUAAAGACGAUAAAAUUGAAGGGCAUUAAAAGUGAAUCCGAGGCAAGAAAUGGCAACCCAGUAGACGCCCACAAAGGUUUCCAUACCCUUCCCCGAGAAGCUGGUUCCAAAAUUGAGACCCAAUUAUCCGGGGCCCGUCGCCAAAGAAUAGGGUCACUCCCUCCAUUGCCAACUGACGGAUCUGUUUCAGAAGAUAAUGAGUACGUGGAGCCAGAUUGGAAAAAUCAGCCUGAAAACAAAAUUUCACAGAGGGGCAGACUACCGCUGCCAGGAGAAAAAAAGAAGGGAGAUCAAGAAAUUGUUCAGCCACUUCCUGCGCGAAAAGUUUCACCAGGAGGCAUGUAUGACCUGAAGAUGAGAGAGGAGGAAAAAGGUGCCAUUGCAAAACUUUGGCCAGGGCCAUCCCCACCAGCAGACAUGAAUGAAAUCGAAAAGCCCCCACCUCGCCCUCCUAAGCCACGCGGAGGGCAAGAUGUGGUUCGAGGUCAAAUAUCUGCAGUGGGUCAUACUGUUCCCAAAUGUAAAGUUGCUGUGGUCCGAGGUCAAGUUGUAAAGGUUCAUGGUCAAUCAACUUCAACCAAAGGUCAAGAGGGUGCUACCAAAUGUAAAGUUGAUGUGGUCCAAGGUCACGUAGCUGAAGUCCAAGGACAAGUUCCAACAUCCAGUGCACCAGGUGGUCCUCGUAGAAUCAAAUUUCCACCCCCGAAUGGAAACUUGGUGCCCCUCUCUGAACUCACUGCUGAACAGCUUGCAUUGCUUUUUAAGUACUUUAACAUGGAGAAGCUUGCAGAGCAGGUGAAAAGCAAUAGAAUAGAUGGACAAUUCUUUGAAACUAGCCUGGGGAGAGCAGAUUUCGCUGUCGGACCAUUCUUUGCCACUGAGUUUCAGCUCAAGCAGAUUGAAAGGAUUAAGAAUGGACAAUAUUAGUGUAAUAAUGGUCAGUUUAUAUCAGUCAACAACUACAUGUAAUUCAGAACAAUGGGACUGCUGAAACUAGAUUGUUUAGAAAACCAACAAUAUCAUUCAAAAAUUGUUUUGGUACAUGUAUAGGCAGUAGAAAUAGUGAUACUUAUUUGGAAUGUUACAAAAGCAUUCUAAAAGAUUUUCUAAUGGAACCGCUGUGUUUCGGCCUACCACAAAAAGCUGCAAUGAAGUUAUUUCUCCCCAGUAUUGAGUUAUGAAACUGCUGUAUAUAAAAUCAUACAAUGAUAUAAUUUCCCUUCUGUAUAUAUACAAUUUUUAUUUUGAGGAACUGCUGUAUACAAACGCAUAAGUAGUAAUUUCCUUAAAUUAUGCAAUUGAAAUCAUUGCUGCAUACAAAAGCAUGUCACAAAGUAAUUGCCCUCCGGUAUUAAAUUUUAAUGAAGUGCUGUACAGUAUACCAAAGAAUGUAACGAAGUAAUUUCCCUCCAGUAUACAAUUAGUACCAUUGCUGUGUACAAAAGCAUGUCAACAAAGUAAUUUCUUCAAUGACCUGUGAUAUAUUAAACAAACCAUGUGUUAAAAUACUCAAGACCUCGAUCCUUCGAUAGGAAAAGACCUAGUUUAACAAAAGUGAAUUGCUUUCC